AUGUCUCGCGGCGCACCCAAGCCCCCCCCACCACACAAACUUACCUUUGCCACCAACAGCGUGCGCAAUACUACGUUCGCCGAGGACAACAACAAGUUCUACUAUGAAAUCGUUACUCGCUUCUGGCACCCUCACCUCACAAAAAUAAAUAGAUACGACUACGAGUCUCGUGUGGUCAACUGCGUCGCAGAGAUUGAAGAUCUUCCUAAGAAGGAUGUGAAGGUUCGCUUCAACACUCCUGACGCGGAGGGAGAGUGGAUGAGGGCUUGUGACUUUAUCAAGAAUGACAGUACAGCAGUUGGGGGUACGUUCACUCAGGAAGACGGUACUGAAUACCGCUGGAAGACACACAAUCGCUAUUUACAGCUUAUUAAAGCAGAUGACGAGGAAAAGGCUCCCGUUGCCGAAUAUCACCCUUAUAAACGACACUUUGGCGUUUGGCGCAUGUCGCAACGGGCUUUCCUUGAAAUUAAGCCUGAAGCUUCUGCCGCUUUGGACAAGAUUAUCGUGAGCUAUCUUCUGAUGGAAAGACGCAGGCGUCAAGCAAAGAUCAAAGUCAAGUUGGAGACGAACUAA